GAGAGUGAAAGAGGGGCUCGGUGUGUCCUAAGAAGUCCCCCGGCAGUCUAAGCCUAGAGCAGCUUAACUAAGGGCUGGUCCAGGCUAACCUGAGCCAGCCCUAACUAUAAGCAAUAUCAAAGAGGAACGUUUUAAGCUUUAUCUUAAAUGAACUGACCGAGUCUGCCCCCCAGACUGAAAGUGGAAGCUGGUCCCACAAAAGAGGAGCUUGAUAACUGAAGGCUCUGGCCCCCAUCCAACUUUUUAAAACUCUAGGAACCACAAGUAGUAAUAUAACAACAGUACCUGUUGGUUCCAGUAAGACUCAAACGUCAAAGGAUUCCAUCUCCAUACUAACUUCUCUUCUCCACUUCUCUCCCUCUAGUUCUUCCUCCCUCUCUCCUCCCCUUUUCUAUAACCCCCUCAGCCCUCUCCUCCUCCUUCUUCCUCAGGAGCAGCUUACGAUCACAUUGAAGAAUGGAGAAGAAGAGCGAGGAGUUGUUGGCUUUCUCUGUGAGGGUCUUCACUCUGAAGGAGGAGGAGGAGGAACACAUGGAGACACCAGAAGAGAAGGUGCAGAUCCAGAAGGAGGUGCAGGUCCAGAAGGAAGUGAGCACGCAGCAGCUGCUCAGUGUGUGCAGAGAGAGAGGAGCAGAGCAAGUGCUCACUCUGCUCCUCAGCCCUGGAGAGGAAGCUCAGCAGCUCACUGUGCAGGAUGUCAACAGAGCGUUAGUCUUCCGGUUAACUGUAUCCAAGGAGAUGGACUGCUGCCAGGUCGGAGGACAGUCCUUCAUGGUCACCGUCGGCAACCAAAGUCUCUUGCUGCAGUUCAAAACUACAACUGAUAUGAAGAGCUUCAAGCGGUUGUUGAAGAGAGGCGAUGACGCUAAGACAGGGAAAGGAGCCGAGAGAGGAAACAAGGAUGCAGAGGGAGGCCAAACAAGACUCCGGCAGACUGAGGAUGGCCCUGCACAGGGAUACCAGUUCCACAGCUGUCUGUCCCAGCAUCAGAACCUGCUGCAGGACUCGCCCAGGAUCACCACCUACCAGAGAUUCAUGCUGCUCAACGAGAGGGACUUCAGAAACAAGGUGGUUCUGGAUGUGAGCUGUGGGUCUGGUAUUCUGUCUUUCUUUGCUGUCCAGGCGGGAGCCACAAGAGUGUACGCUGUUGAGUCCAGCCCUAUGGCCGAGUAUACAAAGAUCCUGGUCCAGAAUAACUGUCCGUCUGAGCAUAUCCGGGUCCUAGAGGGGAAGCUGGAGGAGGUCAGCUGUCCCGACAUGGUGGACAUUAUUGUCUCUGAGCCAAUGGGGUACAUGCUGCUCAAUCUGAAGCUCAUGGAGAGCUUCUUGCAUGCCAGGAAAUGGCUUAAACCAAAUGGUCUGAUGUUUCCCUCCUAUGGUGAUAUUCAUCUGGCUCCCUUCAGUGAUGACCAGCUUUAUUUCGAACACUACGGACGAGCUAGUUUCUGGCAGCAGAGGAGCUUCUACGGAGUAAACCUGAGUGCUCUUCACAGUGCCACAGUGGACGAGUUCUUCAGGCAGCCGAUAGUGGACUCCUUUGAUGUUCAGAUCCUGAUGGCCAGGUCCAUCAAGCACUGCAUCAACUUCAUGGAGGCUAAAGAAGAAGAUUUACAAAGGAUGGAGAUUCCCUUUGUGUUCACUCUGAUGCAGUCUGGUCUGGUCCAUGGACUUGCUUUCUGGUUUGAUGUGGCUUACGCAGGAUCCAAGUCCACGGUGUGGCUCUCCACAGCCCCCACGGAGCCUCUGACCCGCUGGUAUCAGGUCAGAUGUUUGCUUCAGACACCACUCUUCGCCAAGCUGGGACAAACCCUGUCCGGGAGGGUCUUGCUGACCGCCAACAACAGGCAGAGUUAUGACAUCAACAUCACCGCCAUAGUGGACCAAUCAGGCUUCAGGUCCGUAAACGUCCUGGACCUCAGCAACCCUUUCUUCAGUGAGUUAAACCAUGGCCUUGUCAAUGAGAAAGUGGAGCAUCAUUCACCAUGGCAACAGGUAGAUAUAGAAGAGACAGAGACAAAUAAAUGCAUCGGUCAAUAGUAAAAUAUAAAUGAUCGUAAAACCUGAUCCAGUUGUAAUGUGUUGGGUGUUUAAAGGGUUAAAACACUGUGGAUUUAAAACAUUUAAAACAUCUGUUUGGAUCUUGGCCCAACACUCAUGGUACUCAUCACCAUUCAAGGGAGGCUCUUUUUAUACCCAGGAAACCCAUUUCACUUGUCAAUGAGCAGGUGACCUGUGUGCAGGACGUCGUUCUGGUAGAGAGCCAGCAGGAAGUCCAGGCCGGGAGUCUCUGUCCUCCAGGAGAACACAGGUGAACUUCGAGUCAUGGGGAAACCUACGAUUCGUCCACGUCUGUGAAUGAUCCAAAUAUGCACAGCGUCCAUCCAGCAGAUAAACAGAACAAGUUCGCGAAGAGUCCACUAGAGGGCAGCAAAGGGUGGGGCUACACAAGAUUCAUCUUUAAAAACAUCUAUGGUGAAACAACACCAAGUGAUUGCAAUGAAUAACUUUUGUUGUUUACAUCAAUUAACAAAAUUAUUUAAUUUCCAUAAGUAUUUUAGAGUUUGUACUUCGACCCUCUCCUUUAAAUGGCCAUGUUUAGCUUAAACCCCUACAGCUGUGCUGACUCCGGUGGAAGUAAUGGUACAUUCACAUCAAAAAAGAAGCAAACGCUUUACAGGGGCGGUUUUACUCACCUGACUAUUUGUAGAUAAUUUGCUUCAUUCCUCCCCACAAGGAAUCAUUGAUGUCCCACCUCCACACAAUACAAUUUACGUUGUUUGUUGUUCUUCUUUUUUAAUACAUAGCCCAAAUCAAUAUUGUAGGUGACAUCCAUUUAGUAUGAGUAUGAGUAUUUGAGUCUGUGUAUUAUACAAAUGCAUAUGAAACCACUGUGAGAUGUCUUCUUCAUAAAAUGAUAAGCUAUAACAAUGAGCUGGUCAGGUUGAAACCUGUACAUAAUAACAGACACAAAAAGGAUUGCGGUUCAUGUGCCUCAUGGUAAAUCCUCAAUUCUGCAGAGAACAAAAAACUGAUACAAUGAUCGUAUUUGGGUUACAUUGAUUUUACUUAAACUGAAAUAAAACAGAAACUGUCUCUUAACUGUAUAACAAACACAAAAGAAUACAUGACCGAAAAUAUAUAUAUAUUGUACUUACUAUACUUAUUGUAAGUCGCUUUGGAUAAAAGCGUCAGCUAAAUGACAUAUAAUGUAAUGUAAUAUACAGAUUAAUCACACUGAACAAACUGUAACCUACCUGUAAAGGUAGCGACAUAGUAUUGGUGUUGGCUAUACUAGCAGUUUUCUCUGUUUACAUAUAUACUGGAACAUUCAAUAAUAAAAGGUUUUGC